AUGGCUAGUUGCCCUGCUCAGACCAGCCUGGUGUCCAGACUGCUACCGCUGCUGCCACUGCUCCUGCUGCUGCGAGGCGCUGGCUGCAACCACAUGGCUGUGCACCCCUCCUGGUCCGCGCUGCCAGCGGCUGCCGACGGCCUGCAGGGAGACAAGGACUCCCAGCAAUCCCCUGGGGACAUGGCAGCCGCGCUGGGCCCAGGCGCCCAGGACAUGGUUGCUGUCCACAUGCUCCGGCUUUAUGAGAAGUACAGCCGGCGGGGCGCGCGGCCAGGAGGAGGCAACACAGUCCGCAGCUUUCGUGCCCGGCUGGAAGUGGUCAACCAGAAGACUGUAUACUUCUUCAAUCUGACGUCCAUGCAGGACUCAGAAAUGAUCCUCACGGCCACCUUCCACUUCUACUCAGAGCCACCUCGGUGGCCGCGGGCGCGAGAGGUGUUUUGCAAGCCUCGGGUCAAGAACAUGUCCUGUCGCCUGCUGCCUCCAGGCCCACCAGCACGCCUGCACCUACUCUUCCGCAGCCUCUCGCAGAACACAGCAACACAGGGGCUUCUCCGUGGGGCCAUGGCCCUAAUGCCCCCGCCACGUGGCUUGUGGCAGGCCAAGGACAUCUCCUCCAUCAUCAAGGCUGCCCGCCGGGAUGGCGAGCUGCUGCUCUCUGCCCAGCUGGAUUCUGGGGAGAAGGACACUGGGGCACACAGGCACAGCCCCCACAUGCCCUAUAUCCUUGUCUAUGCCAAUGACCUGGCCAUCUCAGAGCCCAACAGCGUGGCAGUGACGUUGCAGAGGUACGACCCCUUCCCAGCUGGAGAUCCCGAGCCCCGGGCAGCCCCCAACAGCUCAGCAGACCCCCGUGUGCGCCGGGCCACUCAGGCCUCAGGACCGCUCCAGGACAAUGAGCUGCCGGGACUGGACGAGAGACCAGCGCACGUACCCCAUGCCCAGCACUACCAUAAGCAUGAGUUGUGGCCCAGCCCUUUCCGGGCGCUGAAGCCCCGGCCAGGGCGCAAGGACCGCAGGAAGAAGGGCCAGGACACAUUUGCCGCCUCUUCUCAGGUGCUGGACUUUGAUGAGAAGACAAUGCAAAAAGCCCGGCGACGGCAGUGGGAUGAGCCUCGGGUCUGCUCCCGAAGGUAUCUGAAGGUGGACUUCGCAGACAUUGGGUGGAAUGAAUGGAUCAUCUCGCCCAAAUCUUUUGAUGCCUACUACUGCUCGGGAGCUUGUGAGUUCCCCAUGCCCAAGAUUGUCCGCCCAUCCAACCACGCCACCAUCCAGAGCAUUGUCAGGGCUGUGGGCAUUGUCCCUGGUAUCCCAGAGCCCUGCUGUGUUCCAGACAAGAUGAGCUCCCUUGGGGUCCUUUUCCUGGAUGAGAAUAAGAAUGUGGUUCUGAAGGUAUACCCCAACAUGUCCGUGGAGACCUGUGCCUGCCGGUAA